AUGCACCAUACUCUCUCCGUGGACUUGCGAAAUCAGAUCGUCGAGCUGGCGAAGGCGCAGGAGAGCGGAACGGCGGGGGAUCCGGCGGCGUUGGGGGCGUUGCUUGAGUUGAAGCCGGGGGUGGGGGGCGCGGAGGGCGCGCUGUUCUGUGUGGAUUUGGAGAGGAUGUAUACAAGAUACGCCGCCGAGCACGGUUGGCAGCUCACGCCCGUGAACCGGUCAGAGACUGAGAGCGGCGGCCUGCGUGAGGUGCUCAUGGAGGUGCGCAAGGGGAAGGGGCGGGGUGACUUUGAAUCCGGCGCGCACCGCGUGCAGCGAAUACCGGCGACUGAGAGCAGUGGAAGGGUGCAUACGUCCACCGCGUCCGUCCUGGUUCUCCCGCUCGUGGAGGAGGGUACCCCCACAACCACCCCUCUCUUUAAGAUGGAGGACGUUCGGAUCGAGGUCAUGAGGGCGAGGGGUGCUGGCGGGCAGCACGUCAACAAGACCGAGUCCGCGGUGCGGCUGACGCACAUACCGACGGGCAUUGUGGUCGCGAUGCAGGAUGAGCGGAGUCAGCAUGUGAACCGCCGCCGCGCCUUCACGGUGCUCACUUCGCGCCUGCUCGCACAGCGCUUGGUGCAGGAGGCGGAGGAUAGGCGGAAGAGGAGGAAUAGUCUCGUCAGUGGGGUAGAUAGGAGCGACAAGAUUCGCACGUACAACUGGCCGCAGUCGCGGAUUACGGAUCACAGGAUAGGGAUGAGCGUGAAUCUGGAGCCGGUGAUGGAGGGGCAUGGCCUCGAGACGCUCAUACGCGCGCUGGCGGCGGACCACGAGGAGCGGCUACUGGAGGAGAUGGAAGAGGAGGUUGUGGGUGGGGCGGCGUAA